AUGGCGACGACCGCGACAACCAUCGUCGAGGCCGCCUCCACCAGCAGCGGCUUCAUGCUCCCCGGCAUGGAGUCCCCCGAAGACACCAGCCGCGUCGUGCGGUUCGACAACGAGUGUGUGCUCAUACCUGAGGUCUCCCGCAAGCGCUCCAUGGUCCUCACCAAGUCGUAUUCGCUGCCGUUGUGGAAGAAGCGGGGAAGCCAGAUGUCGGACUCGGAGGCAGAGGAUGCGGGGGCCGUGCGCUCGCAGGGGGCUCGCUCCCCCAGCCCAGAGGACUCGAGGGUUGUACUCAGAGUGCCUAUCCCAACAUUCCGCCGCCGCUCGUCACGCUCGCCUACGCGCGGAAGGUCCGCCUCUGCCUCGCCCGUGGUGCCCACCAAACUCCCCUCGUGCCUCGUCCAUCGCGCGCCAUCUUCCUCACCCACCAUCACCCGCAGAAUGCCCCUCUCUCCCGUCCGCCGGCCCUCGCUGCCCCCUAACCACAUCGACGCCCACCACCAGCGCAGGAAGGACGAGAUGACCGUGCCCCUACGGGACUGCUGCCACGAGUGCGAGCGCAUCACGGAGGAGCCCCUCAAGGAGGGCGAUACCUGGCAGGAGAAGUUCUCGCGCGCGGCGAAGAGGCGGCGGAGCACGAGCUUGGACUACCAGGACAUGGUGCGCUCGGGGAUGCUGCCCCCGCGGUCCCCUACCUCGUUGUCGUCCUCGCCCCCGUCAGAUUUCGCCUCGCUGCCCGAUCCUUUGGCAGUGCAUAGGAGAGCGGUGAGCUUCAACAAGGAGUUCUCCAUCCUCUCCAUCGGGGGAACGAGUGCCUUAUCGGCCCAAGACGACGCCCUCAACCUCAACGAGCCCGAGAGCCCGACCGUCCCGCGAUUCGGGUCCUCAGCUGGCAGAUUCGCGCUGACAGUCGACGAGGUCGACAAGCGGCGCAAGUCGCUCGACUUGGGCAAGGAGAAAGAAGUAGCUGAGCAUCUUCAAGCUCGCGGGCUUCUAUCCCCACCCUCGCCCUCCUCGCCGUCUUUCGCUCCCACAACCGUGUUCCACUCCCCCAGCUCGCCCUACUCUGGCUCCCCGUGCCAUCCGAACGCGGGCCGCCACCGUCCCCACGACCGCGACAUCUCCUCCAGCCCAACGGCCUCUACAACCUCCUCCUUCUCCUCUGCCUCUGUCUCCGCCUACGCCUCGAACGACCAGGACAAGGACGACGUCCUCCCGCCCCUCCCCGACAUCCUCGACCCGCGCCGGCGCCUGCGCUCCUCCGGGCCCGGGCCCGCACGCUCGUCGCCCAUCGACGAAGAAGAAGAGGACGAGGCACAGCUCUUCCCAUUACCACGACGCUCGCCGAGCGGGAGCAGGAGCGGGACGCCGAGCCCGCGUCCGAGUCCGAGGGUGAGCCCCGUGCCGACGCCGAAUGGGAGCGCGGUGGAGUUGAGUGGUAGUGGUGGAGCUGGUGGGAAGGGGAAGGGGAAGGAUUCGAAGAGUAGUGCGGCGGCGGCGGGGUCGAAGGAUAGUUUAUUGGUCGAGAGGGGCAGUGUCUCGAACUCGAGCUCGACGCUGAAUUCGAGUCAGGAGAGUUUGUUGAAGGCGUCCCUUUCGCGGAAGACGAGCGCUAGUGCGAUCGGAACCUCUCAUGCCGUGGUUUCGACUGCGAGCACGCCGACGAAUACGCCGAAAGGAAAGACAUCGACUUCAUCUGGUUCGACAGUGUCUACGUCGUCUUCGGGAUCAAUAUCAAAUUCGAAUUCAAACCCGACAACACCCAGUGCCACCUCCCAAGCAGCCGACAGGUCAACCUCCCCAACGCCUACGAAGAAACGACUAAGCGUGUCUACAACCUCUUCUUCCACUUCUAGCUCGUCAAACUCCAACUCAAAUCCGCCCAUGUCGCCCAAGGGCCCGCGUCCGUCAUCCAAAGCUCUCGCUGCGCAACUGGUGAAGGAACGCGCAACAAUCAUCGAGACGGGCUCUGGGCGGAUGGAGGUGCAAGAUAAGGAAGUUGUGGUAGUAACUGCGACAGCGACUCCGCUGUUUGGUCUGUCUUCUUUGGCACCCACAGCGCCAUCAUCUUCAUCUGCGCCAUCACCUUCACCAUUCCCUUCAUCUUCGCCUUCGUCAACUCCUUCGAAACCCCUCGCGCCUCUCCGACCUGGCAUCGUAACCUCCGAGUCUUCGUCCUCGGGUUCCGUCUCUUCUUCCACAACCACGACAAGCACGACAACCUCGGUCUCGCCCGUACCCCACCACCAGCACGCGGGCCAUGCGGGCUCGCCGCUCCUGCACGCGCAAACGGCCUUCCAAAACAUUCUGAGCACCGCGCAUUCGCCGUUCCACCUGCACGGGCACCACUCAUCACAUUCAGACAAGGACGCCUCGACCCAAUCGCAUACACCCAGCCCCGCUCAUACGACCUCGGCGCCCAUCCCCAUCCCCUCUAACUCAGGCUCAGGUUCCCAUCCCACGCACACACAUACGCACGCGCAUACAACUACCCAAUUUCCCAGCACGACGCCCACCAGCCCAUCAUCAGGCUCACAUACACAUGCGCAUACCCACAGUAAUGGGCACGGACACACCCCAACAAGCCCGUCGCAAAAACGGAAGUUGUCGUUUACGGCGCCGUUCCUGCGCGCAGGCGAGGCGCUCCGCGAGGUCGGGGCGGACGUGCUGAAGGGUGUGAGCUCGAUAUCGGGGACGGGGCCUGGGGUUGUUGGGUAG